CACAGCUGAGCUUCACCUGUCCUGCUGGGAUUGUUUCUCGUCGGAAGCCGCUGACAGGUGAACUGUCACCAUGUUUAAGAAAAAGAGCAAGUCCAGCGUCAUAACGCAACCGAAACCAACCGCUCCCUCUUCAGAACUGAGCGCUCUGAUUGAGAAGCUGCAGAAGAAUGCAGAUAAAGUGGAGAAGAACAUCUAUGAUGUGGAGCAGAACAUCAACAAGGAUGUGAGUAAGAUCAAUGAGGGGAAGCAGCCGCUGUACCAGGAUGACACCAACAAGAGAAUCCUGAACUCUCUGGAGCUGCUCACCGGUCUGGAUGAGGACGCAGUCAACGCCAAGCGCCUCCAACACCCGCAGGCUGAGAUGAUAGCGCAGGACAUGAGGCAGCUGCGUGAGAGAGUGAUGAAGCUGAAAGAGGACCAUGACCGUAUCUACCACCUGACCCGCAGUGAAGGGAUGCCCAGCAUCAACUGGGGAAACAUGAUGGAUGAGAAACUGGACAACCUGAACAACAAGGGCUUCGGUCAGGACCUGCCCACUGUAGAGAAUGAGGUGGAGGAGCACAAUAUCUUCCACAGCGAGGUGGAGGCACUGGCUCCUCACAUCUCCACCAGCAAUGACAAGGACUAUGUCAGUAGCCUCCAGAUGAAGUACAACAAACUGCUGGCCGCCUCGACUAAUCGUCAGCAUAACCUGCUAAGCCUGCGUGACUACAUGCAGCGCUGCACCAAUGAGCUGUACUGGAUGGACCAGCAGGCCGAUGAGAGGGUCAACUACGACUGGAGUGACUCUAACCUGGACUACCCGGCCCGUCAGAGGCAGUAUGAGAACUUCAUCAGUAAAUGUCUGGAGUCCAAAGAGGCCACUGUCACCAAGCUCAAUGAUGACGGAGAUAAGCUGAUUACUGCUCAGCAUCCAGGGAAGAAUGUGAUAGAGGCUCACAUGGAGGCAGUGCACGCUGACUGGAAGGAGUACCUGAACCUGCUCAUCUGUGAGGAAAACCACCUGAAACACAUGGAUGAGUACAACAAGUACCACAAGGAGGCACGUGACACUCAGGAGCUGCUGAAGAGGCUGGAUACAGAGGUCAACCAGAAAUACAACCCAGAGUUUAAAGAUGUGUACCAGAUGGAGGGUCUGAUAGGAGAGCUGGAUGACCAGUCCAAGGCCGUGGACCACUUCGAUGAGCGGGUCAAGUCUCUUCAGAAGCGCAGCCUGCAGGUUUUGCCACUGAAGUAUCGCAGGGAGACCCCCCAGAAGCUGCUGCCCAUUGAAGCUCUGUGCGAGUUUGACACAGAUGAUGGGGCGAUAUUGCGUGGAGAGAGGUACACUCUGCUCCGGAACAAUGGCACCAAGUGGGACGUGAAGGACGCAGCUGGACAUAAAAUCACUGCCCCGGCCGUCUGUUUCAUGAUACCUCCCACUGACCCAGAGGCAGUGGCAAUCUCUGACAACUUGGCCAGCCAGCAGAAAGCUCUUAAGCAGAAGAUGGCAAGCAGCAAGUCAACUCUGGUGAAACGCUAUGAUGAGCUGAAGAAGACCACUGGUACUGGAACAGACACACAGGAGCAGCAGUGCCGCCAGCUGAUGGCUGGUCUGGAUAAAGUCAUCAGUGACCUGGACAAACAGGAGAAAGCCAUUCAUGCUCGAGUGCGCCCGCCGCUGGAGCAGAACAGGCCACUGCAGGACAGCGCUGACCGGCUGCAGGACAUGAGGGACAUUGCCGCUGCUGUCAAUAAAAUCGAACCAGAGAAGACGUCUAAAGUGCAAGAAGCAAAGAGCUUCUUGGUGUCAAACCCGACCCGUGUCAGUGCUCCUCAGCUUCACAGCAAGGUGGAUGAAGCCGACAAGAAGUACACCAAAGUGGAGCAGCUUCUUCAGGUUUCUCAGGAGAAACUGAAGGAUUCCAACCAGCUGGAGACCUCACUUCAAAAUGGAAAGAAUUUACUGUCCACUUAUGAGAACAAGCUGGCCAGAGAGGAGGUUGCUCCAGCUGACAUCUCCUCACUGGAGAAGACACAACGGGAGCUUGCAGAUAUUGCAUCAGACCUGAGAUCCAAGAGGUCAGUGAUCACAGACACGGAGCAAAACCUGCGCUCAGCCAAGAACAGCUGUGACAACAUGGCUACCAAAUUCCAAGAGCACUGUCCGGACAUUGAGAGGCAGGAAGCUGAUGUCCAGAAGCUGAACAAGCGGUUCAACAACCUCAAUAGGCAGAUCGACACCAGGUCUCAAAGCUUGCAGAGAGCCAAGAUGUCAUACAACAAUUACCGCAAUGAUUAUGAUAACCUGAACAACUGGCUGUCUCGUGUCCCAAACUACGAGCCCCGUGAAACUGAUGACGUAAGACAAGUGGAGACCAAGCUGAAGAAUCAGAAGAACUUGUUGUCUGAUAUUGCAAGAAAGGAGUCUGACCUGAACAAUGUCUCCAAAAAUGCCCAGCUUUACCAACAAGCUAUCAAAGACUACGAGACUGAAACUGAGAAGUUCAGAUCUAUCCUUGACCUUGAGGAUGGACUUGUACCUCAGACAUACAAGAGGAGCAGACUGGAAUCACCUGCACUGACAGUCAAGGCAGAGGAAGCUGCUAUCGAGACGAAGUUUACCGAGGUGAAUGCCGUGAACAAGCAAAAGCUGCAGAAUCUGGAGUUCACCCAAGGCCUUCUCAACCAGCAACCUGAAAUCCCUAUGAUUCAGACUACAAAUGUUAAGUCUGUCAACGCUGCUCCCCCGGGUGAAGAGCCUUGGAGAAUCAAGAAACAGCUGGAAGAUGAGGUUCAGAGGAGGGAGCAGCUAGAGAAAGAAAUUGAGACUAUCCAAACGGACAUCUACGUCCUUGAAGGACAGAAACCCCAAGAUACAAUUGUCAAGAAGGAGCUGAUCAAAAAGGUCCCUGAUCCUCAGCUGGAUGAGGAAGUCCACAAGGUCCAGCAGAAACUCUCAGAGGAGCGCCGCACUACCCAUGCCUUGGAGAAUGAUCUUGAGGUACUAAAGUUGAAACUACGUGGCCUUGAGACAGAGGUUAAAGAAGGAGCACAGCAAUAUACAGUGAAGGAGGUUUUGCGUAUUGAAAGGGACCGUGGUCAGGAGGAGGAGGUGCGCAAGCUUCGAGAGGACCUGGAAGAGCUAAAAAGGCAGAGGUUGAUGAAAGAAAACGAGGUGAUAAAAAUACAAAAGCAGGUGACAGUCCUGGCUGAGGAGAAGAGCAAGGAGCAGGAGGUUAUCACUGAAGAAGAGGUGAUCAAAGUCCAGAAUGACCCCCAACUUCAAACAGAGUACAGAGUGCUCCUUGACAGGAAGCAGAAGGAAAUGGAUGGCAGGAAGCAGCUGGAGGAUGAACUGCAGUUCCUUCAAGAAAAGCUCCGAAGACUGGAAAAGGAGAAAGCAAUGGCAGAGGAGAAAAUUUCCAUCAGGGAAGUGCUGAAAGUAGAGAAAGAUGUUACCUUUGAAAGGGAGGUAGAAAACCUCAGGAGGCAGUAUGAAGAUGAGAAGUCUAAACGAAGAUCAUCACAGCGAGAAAAGGCUGACCUCCAGAGGAAAAUUACCAGCCUAGAAGAGGAGAAAUCCAAGGUUAUUGUUAAGGAGAAGGUGCGGGAGAUUGUCCGCCCUGACCCCAAGGCUGAGAAUGAGGUGGCCAAUUUGCGGCUUGAACUUGUAGAGCACCAGAGGCGCUGUAAAGAUGCAGAACUCCAGCUUAAGUCCAUGCAGGAUGAGCUGACCAUGCUGAGGAACAGAGGACCUCAAAUAGAAGUCAAAGAGAUCAUCCAAGAAGUCAUCAAGUACAAGACAGAUCCACAGACUGAAAGAGAGCUGGAGAGACUCCGCAAUGAAAUCGUAGAUAAAACUCACCAGACUGAGAAAUCUGAGAUGGAAAUCCGCCAACUUCGUGAUGACAUUCAAAGAUGGAAAGACACCAAACCCCAAGUGCAGACCAAAGAGGUGCUCAAUGAAGUGCUGCAGUACAGAGAAGAUCCCAAGACUAAGGAGGAGAUUGAAACUCUCAAAAGAAAACUGGCUGAUGAACAGAAGAAACGCCUUGACCUGGAAGGAGAUCGAUCAGCCCUCGAGGAGAAGAUCAGACUGAGGAAGUUGGAUCUGUCUCAGGUUCGUGAGAAGGUUGUCCAGCAAGAAGUAAUCAAAAUGGAAGAGGAUGCUUUACUCAAAUCAGAGUGUAACACCUUCUUGCAAAAUAUCAGCCAUGAGCAGACACAAAAAGACAACCUGAAAACAGAGCUUCUACAACUGCAGAGACAGAAGGCUGAUCUGGAUCUGCAGCUGGAGGAACUGGAGCGUGAACGUAGGGCAAGACGUGAUGCUGAGCUGGAGAUCCAAAGACUCCGGGUCAGACUUAAUGAGCUAGAGAUCCGGGACAAGGAGACCCGUGAGAAGGUGACGGUUAAACAGAAGGUAGUCCUGCAACAGGAUCCCCAACAGGAGAAGGAGCACUCCAUCCUUAAACUCCAGUUGGAUGAAGAGAAGCACAAACGCACCCUGUUAGAGAAAGAGCUGAAUGCCCUUCUCCAGAAGCAGGUCACACUGGAGAAGAUGGAUGUGAAGGAAAGAGUUGUUCGCACAGAGAAAGUCCAAGUUGAGAGGGACCCAGAGGCAGAGCGUGAGAUUGAGGACCUAAGGAGAACUCUGGAAGAGGAGAAAAAUAAAAGGCGAGAACUUGACCUGGACUUGUCCAACCUCACUUCAAGGCUUUCUGAUAUGGAGUUCUCUAAAACGAAGUCAUCUAAGGAACUGGACUACAUCCGUGAUGAAAGUAAUCGUAUCCAGCAAGAAAACCAAAGGCUGCAGAAUGAGAUCCGCAAGCUUCGGUCCGAGAUUGAGAUCACCAGCAAAGAGACUCGCCUUAUCACUGAGUCCGCACCAAGAGACGAUGGAAAGAACUUGGAGUUGAGACUUGACUCACUACAGAGGGAACUAACUGAGCUAAAAAGCAUAACCACCCAGAAGGAUGAGGAGAUUGAGAAGCUUCAAAAGAACCUGAAUGCAGUGAGAAUGAAGAGGGAACAGAGAGAGAGUCAUCUCCGUAGGUCUAUCGUUGUCAUUGAUCCAGAUACAGGCAAAGAGAUGCGACCAGAGGAAGCCUACAAGCUGGGGCUGAUCGACUGGAAGAUGUUCGUUAACCUGCAGAGCCAGGAGUGUGACUGGGAAGAGAUCUCAGUCAAGGGCCCAAAGGGAGAAUCCUCGGUUCUUCACGACCGGAAAUCAGGGAAAAAGUUCUCCAUUGAUGAUGCAUUGCGUCUCGGGCACAUCACAAAUCGCCAGCUUCAGCAGUACAUAAACAAAGAAAUCACCAUCCAGGAGUUUGGUGUAAUGGUGUCAGGCAAAAACAAGUAAAUGCAACCAUACUACACAAGUGCAUUUUUGGUUUGAUUCUACAAUGUUCCAUCUCUGUUGUUUCAAAAUGUCUUUGCUUUUUACUGUACUUCCAUUCUGACUUUGAUAAUGUGGUGACCUAGCAUUGUUUUUGUACUAAAUCCAUGAUUCCUAAAUGCGCUAUGUAUUUAUUUGCUUCUGCAUAUUCCAUUUUAUGGUACUGGCACAAAUAUAUGGAUUGAUAUGACUAUCGU